AUGUCAGAUUCAGAUCGAGUCGCCAACCUUGGCGAGGAGAGGAAACGAAUGUGCACCGUUGCCCAUGGUCACCAUGACCACCCUCCGAGCGAUGGCAGCACACUCAACGAGGACAUCACGCCUCGCAUCACCGUCAAGACAUUUUUGGCCGUACUAGCUCAAGGCCAAACAAUCGCGGGUCACUUCAAUGACCGCGAACGCGUGUCAUGGUUCUCUGCCACCAUUACCAUCCUCACCGUCGUUCUGGGACCGCCCAUAUCCCAGGCCACAGACUACUGGGGCCGCAAAUGGUUCCUGGUCGUUCUCACGCUCGCCGGAGGCGUGGGCAGCGUCAUCGUGGCGACAGCCACGAGCAUGAACAUGUGUAUUGCUGGCUUCUGCGUCAUUGGCAUUGCCUUUGGGGCGCAGCCACUGCUGCACGCCAUCACCUCGGAGGUUCUGCCCAGGCGAUGGAGAGGCCAUGGACAAGCCGCGAACAUGGUGUCCAACGCGCUGGGCAGCAUCACCGGACUACUGGUGGGAGGUGCCCUGAACCGCACAAACGACAUAGCAAAGGACGGGUUCAGGGCGUACUUUUACAUGGCGACGGGCUGGUACGUCGCCGCCGCUGUCCUCUGCAUCGUCGCGUACAACCCGCCCCCGACAGAGAAGCAGCGCGAGUUCAGGGGGCGGACCCUCGACAAGCUGCGGAAGCUCGACUGGAUCGGCUACUUUCUCCUCGCGGCCGGCCUGAUCCUCUUCUGCCUGGGCCUGUCGUGGUCAAAGGCACCCUACCCCUGGAGCGACCCUCACGUGUCUGCUACGUUCUGCGUCGGACUCUUGCUCGCGCUGCUCCUCGUGGUGUACGCCAUCUGGAUCAAGAAGGACGGCAUGUUCCACCAUGGUCUGUUCACGGGCAACCGCAACUUCUCCAUCGCCUUGUUCUGCGUGUUUGCCGAGGGCGUGGCCUUUUUUGCGGCGAACACGUAUUUUGCCUUUCAGGUCAGUGUCUUGUACGAAAAGGACGCUCUCCUGGUGGGCGCACGGUACUCCAUCAUGCUCAUCGCGUCCAUGGUCGGCGCCGCCUCAACGGGGCUAUACUGCGCAAAGACGAGGAGAGUUCGCUGGGUCACCGUGCUGGCAUUCGCCAUCUUUGUCGCCUUCUUCGCCUGCAUGGCCUCCACCAACCGCCAUACCGAUGCGCCUGUCUGGGGCUAUCCUGUCCUCUUGGGCUUGGCGCUUGGUAUGACGCUCACGACGCUGAUCACCGUCGGUCAGCUCUCCACGCCGCCUGAGCUCAUUGCCACUGCGAGUGGUCUGAUCAUCAGCGUGCGGUCUCUGGGCGGCACGAUUGGCAUCGCCAUCUACAACGCCCUCUUCCAGGACCAGAUGCGACACCAGCCUCGGAACAUUGGGACUGCGGCUGUGGCGACAGGAUUGGAACCGGAAUACGUCCCCGACUUCAUCACGGCACUGACCGCCCACAACCGUACCGCGCUAGACGCCGUGUCCACCAUCACUGACAAGAUCAUUGAUGUGGGCAACGUUGCGUACCUAGACACGUACGUCGUGGCCUUUCGCCAUGUCUGGGUCACAGGGGGUGCAUUUGUCGUGCUAGCACUGGUGGCGUCCAUCUGGCUGUACGAUCCGGAAAAGGAGUUUAACAACGCGGUCGAUGCGAGUCUGGAGAGACGCGAUGUGUUGAUUGCCUCUGAGAAGUGA